AAUUUCAAUCAGAGCUUGCAACUAUUUAUCCUCUGAAUCAUGUUUUUAAUGAAAGAGAAAUUCGAGCAUGGAGGGCAAUAUUCAAAGCUGCAGGUUGUACAAACAUCACUCCAUUUAACAAUAAAGAAUCAAAGUAUGAAUUUUGGACUAGAGAUCCAAAUCCUUCAUCUGAUUUAGAAACAUUUCUUAUGCUAUACAAUAAAGGAUUUUUAAAUGUUCCUGAAAUUAAUCUUAAUCAAAACAAUUCAACUUGCAAAUUUGAAUCAUGUGUUACCUCUAAACAUCUAGCUACUUGUAUUAUUGAUUCAAUUAAUGCAAAUAAAAAAGGAGUAGAUGGAAAGAGAAGGAUUUUAUCAAUAGUAGCAGAUAAUUUUAGUCAUGAAGAGUUGAAUGCAUUGGAG